ACGUUCGCGAUCUCGUCCUCGUCGCCCCCGAGCCGUGCGGAGGCAGGCGCCACGAAUUCACUUCUCGCGGCUUCGGCUUCGCUCGGUCAGUUCCGGCUUUCGACCAAAAGAAUUCGUCAGUAUUCGCCGCGCUGCCUUGCCGGCAAGUUAUACGUAAUAGAGAGGUGAUUUUGAUUCCCGUAAUAAUCACGAGUGCGCGUGUCUGAUACGAAGUUAUAGAUAUAUAUAUAUAUAUUUAUAUGUAUAUGUAUUUAUAUAUAUAUAUAUACAUAUAUAUACAUAUAGUAUAUAAAUAUACAUAUAUAUUAUAUUCGGGACCAGUGUGCUCCGGAAGUGGAGGAGGUGGCUCCAAAAUACGAGUGUUUCGUAGGUGUCGUGUCGCUCCGAUCUACCUUAUAUUCGAAGUAAAGGUGGAUCGAAGGGGUAGUGGACGGUCAGAGAAGAUCGAUGAAAAAUUGGGAGAGAGGCAGUUCUCCGAGCGACGAGAAGAUAUCGAUAACGGUCGAUUCGAUCGUUGGAAUUUUAUCGACAGACUUCGGGCUACGUCGUGCACGGUCAGUGACGCGUCACGGUUCCGAAACUCGAUCCACCGAAACAGUUCGCAAAAGCGUGCUCCAUUCGCAACGCGAGACAACAAAGACGGAGAUCCUCUCCUCGCAGUGGGCCAAGUUCUCUAUCAAAACAUGGCCACGUGACCGACGGUGCGGCUUGUAAACAGAGAGUUUGACCACGUGGUCUGCCCCCUCUACCGGCGCCGGUGUGUUCUCUCUCUCGCUCCUUCUUACAGGUCUCUUUCUCUCUCCCGUUCGCUCGCGACACGCAGAACAACGUACAGUGUAUUCUCGGUCGGUCCGCUGCCAGUUGCGGGAGAGUUCGAUUCGGGUGAUCCGCGAUACUCCGAUUCGCUUCGCUUCGCGUACAAUUCGUUUUCGUCUGGUUACCGCGUGUUAUCGAUACUCUGGACACUCUCCACUCUCGUCGGUGGGACCAUCGAAAGGAAUACGCGCUAUCAGUGAUCGAAGAGCGCAACAAUUGUUCGAAAAAGUGACUCCAGGUUCGGUUUCGUGUACGUUAUCGUCGAUCAGUGCUCUGUUUAACCGGUAAGAGUAAGAGUGCCGGCAACAUCGUGACUCCCCGUCUAAACUUUCCGCGAUUUCUCGGUGGUCGGCGCGAUAUCUGUCGGGUUCAGCACCUCUCGAGGUGCUUCGCGGUCAAAGUGGAGUACACGGAGGAACCUAACAUGAUGGACUCGGUGCCGGUGUCAGCAUCGGGGUCGAAGACCGGGUUGCAACCACAGCAGGGGGUACCGUACGACCUUGAAAGCGCAUUCGAGCCACAGACGAGAGCACGGUCGCACACGUGGCCGUUGCCAAGAUCGGAGGAGUACAUCGAAGGGAACGUGGUGCCGAAUGUAUCGGCCGGCAAAGAGGGCGUCGAAGGCGUCGAAAGUGGCACGCCGCCUCAGCAUGGCUCUCUCGGCCAAGGUGCCGGGCUGCUUCCGGUCAAGAAAAAUUCCUCGCGACGAAACGCAUGGGGGAAUCAUAGUUACGCGGAUCUCAUCACUCAGGCCAUCACCAGCGCUCCGGACAAACGGUUGACUCUAUCUCAGAUCUAUGAAUGGAUGAUGCAAAAUAUUACCUACUUUAGAGAAAAGGGGGAGAGCAACAGCAGCGCUGGAUGGAAGAACUCCAUAAGACACAACUUAUCGUUGCACAGUCGAUUCAUGAGGGUCCAGAAUGAAGGUACCGGAAAGAGCUCCUGGUGGAUGAUAAAUAACGACGCCAAGCCUGGUAAAUCGUCACGACGAAGGGCAAUGACCAUGGAGCCCAGUAAAUCGGACAAACGACGCGGCCGCGUGCGAAAGAAGCUCGAAGCGAUAAGAGACGGUGGGCUGCAAAAUGACGCAAUACCCAGUCCAAGUAACAGCGUCAGCGAGGGACUGGAUCUUUUCCCGGACAGCCCUCUCCAACCCGGAAGUGGAUUCCAACUUUCCCCGGACUUUCGCCCCCGAGCUUCGAGUAACGAUUCAUCCUGCGGCCGAUUAAGUCCAAUCUCGGCGAUUCCUGGAAAACCGGAAUGGACACCAACAUACACACCAUACAGCCCAGAACAAUUAGCCGGUAGCCUCGCAGAAACGAUGAAACUGGACUCCUAUCAAAUGUACCAGACGUCACCCCCGAGCCAUCAAACUCAGACAGGCCCGCCACCUUCUUAUUACGAGACCCAGUAUCAAAGGAGCAACAGCCUUACCAUGGGAUCGUCCUCCUUUGCUUUGCAACCGACACCUCAAUCUGCAAAUCAGCAAAGAUGCCCGAUUCAUGGUCUGCAGCCAUGCGCUUGUCAAAUGAAUUUGAGUCCAGUGGCUGGAAUGUCACCGUCCUAUCAACAAAGCGAACCGAGUCCCACGGCGCUAGGGAACAGCCAACAGCAAACUCUUCAGUACAUGAUACAAACGCAGCAGUGCCAACAGCAGCAACAGCAAUUGCAGCAGCACCAACAGCCACAAACAGGAGCAACCGGAACCAGUCAAACGCAAACACCAACACCUUGUGGCCCCGCGCCAAGCACGAUGAUGGGACAGUUGAUGGGAGCGCUCAACAAUUCCACGAUUCUUGACGAUUUGAACAUUAACAUUGAAGACCACGGUGGAUUCGCUUGUACCGUUGAAGAGGUGAUCAAACACGAGCUGUCGAUGGACGGAACGUUGGACUUCAACUUCCAGCAGAGCGUGAUGGGCACGGCUGCGAUUCAAGUGAGCGAUAGAAACAUCGGUCAGAACGGUGCCGUGUCUCAGAACAACGUCGUCGGCACGACGGCUGGAAACGCACCCGCAGGAGUUUACGUGAGCACUAAUGCGGCGACUCCUGCUGCACCUCCCUCGUGGGUUCACUAGCAGUGGACCCCACUGCCCUCGACACCUCCAUCGUACUUGUCAUCGCCUUACUAGACGGACAGGAUCAUUUUCACGGAUCGUCCGAGGGACAGCUCAUCGGUGAGUCAAGCAUUAUCGAUGAACCUCUUAGGAGUCGUACCGAUCAACUUCCUUUCUCGAAAUCUCGCGGUUUUAGUCAAUUGUCGAGAAAAAAUCUCGAAACGGUAUCCUCUAUUUUUCGUUUGAAGAAGUUGAACAACUCUUCUGGGAGGCUCAAUUUUGUUAGAAGAUAUUUCAUCCUCGUCGAUGAACACCAGCGUGCACUUUGAUGCUUGGUAGAAAGGACUUGAGUCGGUAUCUUUCUUUCUUUCUGUAAUUUAUGUAUAGAAAUCGAAGAAGUGAAAGGAUUGAUUCGCGAAAUAAAUCGGAGCCCCUUGUUUUUAUAUUCAUUGUACCUUUUCUACCAAAUGUCGAAGAAAAAUUUUAGAUCGAUGGGGAUUUUAUCGAAUUCAUGGUGGGAAUUCUGUUCGACGAUGAAUCUGGUCCUGGUGAAUUUUCAUGUUAGACAACGCAGUGCGCUGAAAGAAUCGAAUCCUUGAAGCUGACGAAAGAGAUCAGACUGACGCUUAGCUAGGACGCGAGUGUCACGUUCCACGUACUUUCGUUGGCGAGCUGACCCUUUAAUAGAGAAAGUUGCAAAGACUUUUCAGAGACAAUUUAUGCGCCCAAAAUAAGCGAUAGGUUUAAUUUGAUAGAAUAUACAUUUCUGCAGUUGUUAAACUAUGAUGAUCAAUGUAAUAGGUCAGAGAAACAUAGGGAACCUGCGGCCUUUCGAGGAUUUUGUCAAUUACA